AUGAUCACGAGACUGGGCACGAAGGUCGGGACGUGCGACGAGAUGCGCCUGCGCAGCGGCCACCGCGUCGGCGUCUCCGGCCCCGCGAACGCGAUCCCGACGUCCGCCGCCGAAGCGCGAGCGAUGCUCAUGCGCGACGCCGUCGUCAUGCCCGAGGAGCACGCGCCGGCGUUCCGCGAGGGCCUCGCCGGGCUCCUCGCGCGAUGGACCGCGCUCCAGCUCGCGAUCCUGAACGAGUGGGGCGGCGCGGAGAGCGCGCAGAAGGGCGACGCGGCGUGCGACGAGCUCGCGGACUGGUUCCUGCGACGGAAGGGGGGCAAAUACGCGGAAGACCUCGAGGAGCUCCUGAUCGAGAUCUUAGGCGCGUUCUAUACACUGGUCCCCAUACGACCCCGUUCGCGUGGUGAACGCCGAUCCUUAAGGACUUUGCCCGGCGUGUCUCUCCGCCCAUCCCUUGCGUUCAAUCCCCGCCAUCGACGCCUUUCAACUCCGCUUCUGACGCCUUUCAACUCCACCCCGACAUCGCUUUGUAUGGAACGACCCUUAGGCGACGACUUCAACGUCCAGUGCGAGGACGGGAGCCCGCGGGAGGUGGCGAAGGUGGCGUGCGAGAUGUACGAGCGCGUCGCGCAGGGGGACUACGCCGUCGCGAGGGAAGUCUGCGCUCGACCGCUGCCGCGCGAGCAUCUGGAGCGGUGUAAGCGGAUAGAGGAGGACCGACGGUGGACAGCGGGCGCGGCGGCGACGGGCGGCGGCGGCGGCGGCGACGGCGGCGGAAGCGGCGAGGAGAUGGAGAUGGAUGCGGACGAUCUCGCGGAGGGGCUGGGCGGGUUUAGCAUGCGCGACGAGGGCGCGCGCGCGGCUGCGGCGGAGGCGCGAAGAAAAGCCGCGGAGCCGGACGAAGACGGAUGGUGCGUCGUCCCGUCGCGGCGGUAG